UGCUGUGGCAUCAAUGUUGAGUGGUGGUUGUGAAAUAAAUGUGUGUAUUAAUCUGUUGACGUAAAAAAAAAUAGUCCGGCACCGCCCUCAACCGUAUGCACAUUCAAAAGGCCCAGAAACACAGCAUUUCUUAAGGUUUUAAAUUGUUUCUCCUCAAACAUUUGAUUUUAUUGGCACUCUUGAAUAAAUAGGCAAAUUAAAGAUAGGCCUACCGUUACCAGCGGACUGAUUUACUCACUGUAUUGGUAAAUAUGAUCACGUGAUUCAUGUAACCAAUCCCUGAAGAUUAAGCCAGCAAAAAUACUAUGAUUGUUCAGAGGGAAGGUUUCCGUAACAGUGUAACCUUUUAUAUGACUACGAAGGGAUCCAAAAAUGUCGACCAGUAGCACUCUAAGUAACUAUUAUGUGGACUCUAUAAUGGGGCAUGAAGUGGAGGAUGUGUACGGGGCGCGUUUUAUCCAGGGUCCGCACACUACGACCUCAAGGCCAUCAGGUGUUGGGGACAAUGCAGAUUUUUCCUCCUGCAGUUUUGCACCCAAGUCAGCCGUUUUCCCAGGGUCUUGGUCCUCUGUUCACACGCAGUCCACUGCCGCAGUGUCAGGGAUUUACCAUCCUUACGUCCACCAGUCCCAUCUCUCCGCAGCAGACAGCAGAUAUGUUCGGUCCUGGAUAGACCCAAUUUCUAACGUUUCUUUCUCCGGCUUUCACUCUAACAGUCGGCAUUAUGGAACCAAGCCCGAAAGUUUACCACCAAAAAGGACUGAGAGUGCCACUUUUGAGACAGAGACUCCGGUGGUCGACCCUGGCCCUGAUUACGCAUGUGGAGUAUCCGAAUGCCCAGAAAAAGUAACCAAAGAGAGCGUUGGCAGUGAUAUGUCGAGUCACAGCGAGCCUAAAGAAGAGAAGCAACAACAACAACAACUUGACCCAAACAACCCUGCAGCAAACUGGAUUCAUGCACGUUCAACAAGGAAGAAGCGAUGUCCAUACACAAAAUAUCAGACACUAGAACUGGAAAAAGAAUUCCUCUUCAACAUGUAUUUGACACGAGAUCGACGAUACGAAGUUGCUCGAAUUCUCAAUUUAACUGAAAGGCAGGUCAAAAUCUGGUUCCAGAACAGAAGAAUGAAAAUGAAAAAGAUGAACAGAGAGAGAGGCAGUAAGGAUCACUUAUAACUAGACUGGGUGUAGUCCCUCGCCUUUUGAUGUAUCAUAUUGUUGUGAUUACUUAGAAUAAAACCUUGGUUGGAGCUUAAGCUAUGCAUUUUUGUGUUGAUGUACCAAAUGGAAAGGUUGACUCAACAUGCCCGGAAAUAUGCUGUCUUUCUUUUUUGUUUUAAUCAAAGUAAAUGUUGAGUCUUAAACGAAUUACUCCAUUGAUUAACCCGAGCUCGAGUAUUUAUGCCCAAAAUGAGACCAGGGAAUAAUAUGCUUGCGUAUAUAGUUUUCUUAGUCGUGUAGCCUUUUAGAAAAAAUCGAAUGUUUUAAGAAGUUGCAUUUAUGCUUAUAUUUCGGUGAAAGAAUCCUCACGCAAAUUGGAAAUGAUUUAACAAGGUAGAGGCCGACUGAGUAUGUUUGUCCGACUAGGGCUAGAAUUGAAAACGAAAGGGUCAUGUUUUUGAGUAUUUAUGAUAUUGUCACCGUGUUUUUUCUGAGGUUGCUAGUUUUGAAAAAAAGACAAGAAAGCUAUAGGGCGUAGCCUUAAUCAUUACAUAGGCUAAUAUUCCUGCAUUUUUACAAUCCAAUUCCGGCUGUAUUUAACCGUUAAGUUGUUCUUACAUCAUACAACUUUUCUGCUCAGUGGUUUUGAAGUGGUUGUCCCUAUAUAGACAUGCUUGUUAUUAGCCUAGCUACGUUGUACUUGAAUAUAUAUAUAUAUAUAUAUUUCAAUUUGAGAUGCAUUGCUGUAUAUAGUUAUUCCUGACGCUCUGAACACCAAUUCAACAACGUGUAUUAGCCGACUCUUAAUAUAAAGCUAUGGGCUAGUGUAGGCCCCAUCGCAUCAAUGCAGUAGUUUGUAAGAAUUGAGAGGGAGGACUAAUAACGCCUUAUUGCAAACAUAAUUAGAUGGGUUGAUGAGGGGCGACGUAGGGUUAAUGAGAACGUUUCUUUCACUUAAAUACAUUUAUUGUAUGAGCCUGGAGAUUCAAUGUUUGGACAUUUCGUUGUCUUUUUUUUAUUUUAAGGUCAGCAGAAUGAAACAUCUAAAAGGUGCCACUUGGUGUAAUGAACUACCAUUUCAGAAUUGUUUUCCUACUAUGAAUUUGGCUUACAAGGUGGUUGGAUUUCACUUGAAAAGUAGGAGAAUGAACAUGGUUUAAAAAGACUAGUAAUAAAGAAUUUAUGAUUGGGAGAGGUGUUGCACGGAUUUCCAAUUUAUUGUCCAACCUGUACGUAUAAUUGCUUUAAAGCAGGAAGAAACGUGGUCCAAUAAACCCAUAUAGAUGGCUAGACGUCUGGUCUAAAUGAGUUUAUGGGGCAGGGCAAUAAUUGCACUCUCCUUUGAAACACUCUUACUUGGGGUGUUUGAGUCUGUUGCUGACUAACAGAAAUGCAGCCAUUUUUUUCCUACAGGGUGCCUGGUCGAUAAAUUGUCUGUCUUCGUGACUGAGAGGAAAUCAGACCCCCUAAUGGAUAGAAAGUCACGUUUAUUCAUCAACUGCAUUUCCUAUUGAGAGGGCAAAACUUCACUUUGACUGCUGCUUAGAAGGCCGUUUACAGCGGUGGAUCUAUUGGCACUGCGAGGGUGGAUGUUUCUGUUUCUGAAAUUCCAUGAAAUGUCACAUGUCAUUACUGUUCUGUGUGUAAAAAAAAAUAGCCCUGCGUUUUAUGUGAAAAAAAAAAACGUACAUUGUUUAUCAGGGGGUGUUGAAACAUCUGAGAAUACAGUUGGAUUUUGAUGCAUAAUUUCUAAUCGCUUUGGUUACUUUGAUGAAAAUAAAUGAUGAUGAUUGACACAUUAA